AAGGCCCUCAGUGUAGGCAGCCAACCGGUGCCUGCAUAAAAGGGAAGCACUGCGGACCUUCACCGGUAGAUUGUUUUGAAACAGCACGGUCAGCUCUCUCGUUAACAUGGGCCGCCACUUCGGAGACUUGGCCAAGGUCAGGCAUGUAAUUACAUACAGUCUGUCCCCCUUUGAGCAGAGGGCCUUCCCCAACUACUUCUCCAAGGGAAUCCCCAAUGUGUGGAGACGGUUCACAACCUCUUUCUUCAAAGUUGCCCCCCCAAUGACCAUCAUGUACCUGACAUACACCUGGGGAAACGGUGUCCAUGAGCAGGGCAAGAAGAAGAAUCCAGCUGACUUUGAGAACGACGAAUGAACUCCUCACACCCUUUAUGAAAGCUGCCCUAUUAAUUCCAGCUGUAUGUUUGACCAAUAAAAAAAAUAUGAUAUUUAUGUGA